GUUUUGAGAUACGACCAGCAUCCCACGACGACCACGACAAGCCGGUUGAUCCCCGUCCGACACAAUGGCGAUCAAGCACAACAACCAGAUUCAGAAGCACCACUUCCACAAGGACUGGCAGCGUCGUGUCCGCGUGCACUUCGAGCAGGCCGGUCGCAAGCACAGCCGUCGUGAGGCCCGUCUCGCGAAGGCCGCCGCUGUUGCCCCUCGCCCCGUCGACAAGCUGCGUCCCAUUGUGCGGUGCCCUACCGUCAAGUACAACCGCCGUGUCCGUGCCGGUCGUGGUUUCACCCUUGCCGAGCUGAAGGAGGCCGGUAUCCCCAAGAAGCUCGCUCGCACAAUUGGUAUCGCCGUUGACCACCGCCGCACCAACUACUCCAAGGAGUCCCUUGUUGCCAAUGUCGCCCGCCUCAAGGACUACAAGGCUCGCCUGAUCAUCUUCCCCCGCAAGAGCGGUCAGUUCAAGAAGACCGACUCUACCGCCGAGGAGGUCAACGCCGCUAAGGCUGCCUUCGCCGCUGAGGGCCAGACCCAGGGCUACGCCACCAACGUUGGCGCCAUCCUGCCCAUCAAGAACACCACCGCCGAGGAGGCCGUCACUGAGGUCAAGCGCGACGACCUGCCCAAGGGUGAGGAGGCUGCAUACCGCCGGCUGCGGGAAGCCCGCAGCGAGGCCCGCUACAAGGGUAUCCGGGAGAAGCGUGCCAAGGCUAAGGCUGAGGAGGAGUCUGCCGCUAAGAAAUAAGCUCCGUGUACCUAACAUAUUAUGUGCUCAAAAAUUCUCAGCUAAUGAUGAAUCUGGUCGUCGAUUUUUAUAUUGGGGAUUAUUCUACAACCUAAGUGUACCGUGGCAUGGCGUACCGUGGCUUGGAAUUGGCUGAUGUCCCAAUUUUCUCUACUACCUCUUUACCUAUCUCCUCUUCCUCGUUUGUCCUUUUCCAGAGAUAAAAGGUGUUUCUGAACUACCACAAUGAAUUCGAAAGUCUGAAUCC